GAAUACGAUACUUUGGUACUUUUUGGCUUUAGCUAUUAGCAGUAGCACCCAACACUAAUAUUUUAUUUAUUUUUUAUUUUUUAUAAUCACCCAACACUAAUAUUAAUACCCUCCGGUCUCCGCAUAGUUUAUUUUUCAACUACUCUGUCUUAAAUCUUCACUCUUAAACCCUGGUCUUUUUCUGCCGUCAUAGUCACUCACAAAAAUGUUGACUUCAAAAUCCCUAAUAAACCACUAUUCACCUCCCUUGUUCUCUUCUAAAACCCCAAACACCAAAACCCGCAUCACCGCCUACCCAUUUUCCCACUCUCCAAAACCACGCUCUCUCUCCAUCAUAAACUCCGCCAAUGAAUCAAACUCACUCUCGCCCAAACCGGGUCAGUUCCGCGUCGACGUUCUCUCUGAAUCGCUACCCUUCAUCCAGAAAUUCCGGGGCAAGACCAUCGUCGUCAAGUACGGCGGCGCCGCCAUGAAAUCCCAAGCUCUCCAAGCCUCCGUCGUCAACGACCUCGUCCUCCUCGCCUGCGUUGGCCUCCGCCCCGUCCUCGUCCACGGCGGCGGCCCCGAGAUCAACCUCUGGCUCAAACGCCUCAACAUCGAGGCCGUCUUCCGUGACGGCCUCCGCGUCACCGACUCUCAAACCAUGGAGAUCGUCUCCAUGGUCUUAGUAGGUAAAGUCAACAAACAUUUAGUCUCUUUGAUCAACAAAGCCGGCGCCAUUGCUGUCGGCCUCUCUGGAAUGGAUGGGCAGCUUCUCACGGCUCGGCCGAGUUCCAAUUCCGCGCAAUUGGGGUUCGUCGGCGAGGUCGCCCGGGUCGACCCUACCGUUCUGAGGCCGCAUAUCGAGAAUGGGCAUAUUCCGGUAGUGACGUCAGUGGCUGCCGACGAGUCGGGGCAGCCUUAUAAUAUAAAUGCAGACACGGUGGCGGGGGAGUUGGCGGCGGCAUUGGGGGCGGAGAAGCUGAUUUUGUUGACUGACGUGCCGGGGAUUUUGGAGGACCGAGAGGAUCCAAGUAGUUUGGUAAAGGAGAUUAAUAUUAGGGAGGUGAAGAAGAUGAUUGAGAAUGGGAAGGUGGGUGGUGGGAUGAUUCCUAAGGUGAAUUGUUGUGUGAGGACGCUUGCACAAGGGUGUAAGACGGCGAGUAUUAUCGAUGGGAGGCUGCCCCAUUCUUUGCUUUUGGAGAUUCUCACUGAUGAAGGAGCUGGAACCAUGAUUACUGGUUGAGGGUAACACAAACUUGCAUCUGAUUUUUAUGUAACUUCUUGUUGUAAUGGAGUUCUUGAAGUUGAAUAUCAUGCUUUUGUUCUUGUCUUUA